AAAAAAACACCUCCUUAGUUCGACCCUCUUGAAGGUUCGAGAAAUAGAUCAACACCGGCCCAUUGUUCUUUAUGAAAAUAGACACCCAUAUCUACAAAGAUCUACCAUUCAUGCGCAGAGAGAUGUUUGCCUUCUGUAGUCACUGUAGUCACUGUAGUCAUUGAAGACUAUCGAACAACUAAGCAUUGAAGGGAAUCGUGAAGCAGUGUCAUUGGUCUGCACAUUUGCAAGUACUUUCCCAACCCCAUGCCACGAUGCUUAUCUCCUUUCGUGGAAAGCUAGCACAUGGCUGCGAAUCAGAACAUCUGCCUUUGGUGGAUCACUUGGCCAGUCUACAAACAGUUGGCCUUCGUUGGCCGCCUUCGAGAUGAGGGUCAGAGUCGGCUCAUGUGUGAAGCCCAAAAGCCUUCUGCAGCUGUUUUUUGGACCCACUCUACUGCACCUACUGUACCCCGAAAGAUGCUCUGCCUCAGACAUCAUAUUCCAAGACCAAAGAAGGUUGGCACAAGGAACGGCCGCCAUGAACUCUCAGCCGGCCGCCAUUGAUUCGAUCCUGUAGAACCGAUUGGUAUACGGUACCUGGCAACGACCCCUCUAUAUAGUCAUCCCCUUCGUACGGACAUUACCAUCCGCCCCUGAACUGGUCCCGACAGCGGCUGUGCAGAAUGGCUUCUAAGAAGACACUCUGGCACCUAAGGGCUUGGAACGAACCAAAGGGUGGCGGCCGAGUUGCGAACCGGGACGCACAGAGUCACUCUUGGUUUCGGUGGACCGGAUCGUCUUGAACCCUUGGUUUGGCACGCUCUUGGCCACCAAUCUGACCAUCGGCCCGGGACCGGUCGGAGUCGUCGUCCCGUUUUUCCUUCGGCGCGCUGGGUUUAGCGGAGCCGAAGACCGGGAGGCACCAUGACACAGUGGAGGUUCCCCAAGGCUUCUGCAAGGCCGCAAGGCUUGAUAGGACGUUUUCAUGCAAGUUCGUUCAUGCAAGUAUCGCAGCUGUUGUUUUUCGAUCGGAACUUCACCCCUUUAAACUGACAGAACGACCUCUUCCAUGAAAAAAGCACCAUGUCGUAGAGGGGUCUUUGUGGUUCAGUUCAGCUGAGAAAUCUUUGGUAUGAGAAGCACAGUCACGGUGCUUCUCUUCUUUGAGUCCAACAAACCCGAUGGAACAGUUGCGAUGGCAUAGCUGGCUCACCCAAAUGAAAUCCUCGACAGAGACUCUACAGUCACUGGGCUCGGAUUUCGACUCCUUCAGAGACUCCAACCAAAGCUAAUUCAACCCAGUCCAAAUUUAAUGCAUCAAGUCACCUCUCCAUCCACAAGCACCUCACUUGCCAGGCAACCCGCCUGGCUACACCUCUCAGCACUUGGCACACGUCCAACGUCUCUUCAUCAAUGUGGACAUGGGCAGUCUGGUGAAGUCUCUCGCCCAUAGGCUUUCAGUGGAUCGAAUUGACCUCACUGGUGUGGACGUGGUCUACCAGCGCUCUUGGAGCACCUUGAACCUCGAGGAGCUGAUGAAGCGGUUGGGUGCUGGUGAGGGUGGUGGAGCUGCUGCGGCCCCUCGCGGCUCCCACUCUUGGCACCUGGAUCUGCAAGUGCACCAGGUGAACACGUCCGAUGUCUGGGUUCACGCAGACGUCUAUCCGAUGACCUCUGGAGUCUCGCUGGCCGUACCCAACCUCGCCUGGAAGGACUUCGAGGAGGAGGUGAAGCCCCGUUCCCACGACGAAGCCGUAGUGGUCGUGCUGGCCACUGUCCUCAGCAACGCCAAGCGUGUGCUGGGUCUUUGAGCAGGGCAGUCAAUGCGUGGGGCAGCCUUUUGAUCGCAUCCGAUGCGGGAGAAGCACUGAGCAUAUCGAGGGGCUUACUUGUCGUCUCAUAUAGUUUUUCAUUUUCUUCUUGACCAGCCUCCGGAGUUCGCCGCGUGUCUCAACCGGUGGCUCAGACGAGUUUGCAAGGACUCUAGGGAGUCCCCCUUUGAGGGGUGGCAGAAAAGGAGUAGCUAGCUGUAGCUAUACAGACUUUCUGAAAAACCUGGGAAAACAAAAGCUCA